AUGGUCAUCACUCAUCGAAGUCGUGCCGUGGGUGCGGUUCCAGCUGAGAUUUGGUCCCACAUCUGCUCGUUUCCCCACGUCGAGGAAUACGACCAGUAUGGGUUUUGCCAUAAAGCGCACCCCCGCCAAGAGGGCAGCGUCUAUAGCGACGAGCUCCUUCAAUUACUGGUCCAAAAUGAUCCAGGUCUUACUUCAAUACUGCUCACAGGGUCUCCUCGACGGGAUCCUUUCCCCGAUUACAGCAGCGUCGUCGGCGAGUUCCAAAGAUUUUACCCAGACGCCACCCCAAACCCCAAACGAGAUCUGUACAGCUUUCGCCUCGUCUGCAAGCAGUUCUCCGUCAUAGCAACGCCCUUUACGCACCAGCAUUUCUGCUUCUUCCUUACAAAGAAGCAUCUGCAGAAACUAGACAAUGAUAAAGUGCUUGAGGGGGGCUACAACUACGGUCAUGACACAUGGAUGAGUCCCCAGGACCUCAUGGAGCCCGUGGUUGACCUAUCUCUUGAACCAGCCGACUACGCACAACAUUGCAGGAUCCACAAGGAGCAGCAUGAAUUGAAACGCGACAACGAAGACGUCAAGUGCUUCGUAAACGUCUUCCCUCGAUUUGAGCGGCUUCAAGCCAUUGACGUGCUCUGUGGACCCCGGCUGCUCAAGCGUAAUCGAGUCAGGGGUCUAGAAUUUAACCACAUGAAUCUCCGCGAGGCGAGCUUGGGCAUCAGGGCUCUGGAGACGGUCCUGUCAGCCCUGGUUGAUGCGAGGAUCAGGCUCAAGUGUUUCGAAGCUGGCGUAUUUGACUGCAGAUUUUUCGACCGACACCGCAAAGAGCUAGAUCGGUUGUUUCUUCCCUUGCGUCAUUUGCAGUGCCUGGAACUAGUCAUGAGUGGUCAGAGGGCUUACCGGUUCGAUACCCAGGCCGUGGCGAGAACGGGUGUGAUCCGGGAGCUACUUGAGCCUAUGAAAGAGCUGCGCAGCUUGGUGAUUAAGCUACCUCCUAUGUACUUCAGCAUGGAUAGUGUUACGGCUCGGCUGUCCGAUGUCAUCCCACCGUUCAAGUGGGAACACCUGAUACGGUUAUCGUUGAGUGAUGUUGAGUGCACGAGUGAAGACUUAUUGUUAGUCUUGCUGCGCCACAAAGAUACUCUUCGGAAGCUAUGCCUGGGCCGGACAGUCCUCCGUUCUCCUUCAUGGGAGUCUGUUCUUCGCACCAUUCGGCAGGACAUGCGCCUGGAAACAGCCUGCUUGUGCAGCGAUCUCUAUGAGAUUGUUCCUAUCGACGAUGACGGCGGGCAUAUUCGGAACUACUGGACGGCCAGAUACAGUGACGAGCAUCAUACGCUGGAACAUAAGGAGGGCAAAUACGUGUUGGUUUUUAACCUCAAUGGAUACUGCUGUGGGCGUGGAUCAGAUGACGAGAUCCUCACUAGAGAGAACGCCGCCAUUUACGGCUUUCAUGUACGACAGUAA